AUGCCUAUCGGACACGUUCUCCUCCACGUCGCCAAGGCCGACUUUGCGCCUACUGUCGCGUUCUACACCACCGUCCUCAAGACUCUGGGACUCCAAAAGCUUCCUGGUUUCCCUGAAGGCAUGGUUGGCUUUGGCACAGCAGGACCCGAGUUCGUCCUUCUUUCUGGCGAAAAGACCUCCAAUGCUCACGUUGCCUUUCAAGCUGCCGAUACCAGCGCUGUUGAUGCUAUACAUUCUUCGGCCCUCGCAAACGGCGCAAAAGACAAUGGAGCUCCCGGUAUUCGGGCUGGCAUUCACCCCAAGUACUACGCCACUUUCUUCCACGACCCUGUUGGCAACAACAUUGAAGCUGGCACUUUGACUGCUUGA